UAACCUUGUUUGAGUUUCAUUCUUCAGAUGUUAAAUAAGACAGAACAAACACUCUGGAGGCUUCUCCGAGAUUCUGCAGAAAUAUUUUAUUGAAGUUGUGACUUUUGCAGCUUGUAAGAACCCUCUUUGUCCUCAGAGAGCCUAAUGCCCCCUCCACCAUCCUCUCCCCUCCUCCUCCUCCUCCUCCUGUGUCCUGAGGUGUGGAGCUAUGAAGCUCCUGAGGAUAAGGAGGAUGUGUUUGCAAAAAGAGCCUGUCCUGCCUUCCUGACCUUCAUCAACGUUGCCUUUCUGGCUGGAGUCACUUUGGAGAUGCCCUGCCACUGCAAACCAGAACAGGUCCAGUCAGUUGUUUGGUUCUUCAAGAAACAUCUGGGCAGCUCCAAGGAGACAAGAGUCCUGACAGAUCACCAUGGCAACAAGCUGCUGGACCCCAGUCACAUCCCUCACAGCGGCAGCCUGGAGAGUCGAUUCUCUAUUCGUCUCUUCAGCCUGCUGAUCUUCAGAGCGGGGCCUCACGACUCCGGCAUCUAUAUCUGUGGCUCUGCCCACAAAGACUUCUUCUAUGGUUACGACCUGGACAUUCAGGAGGCGCACACACUCAGCUUCACUCCAAGGCUCACUCCAGAAACUAUAACAGAGGAAAGAAAUGAAACAAAACGACUCAGCUCUGCUCAGCCGUUGUACCGGAUCUUCACCACGUUCCGGCCCUGGUCAGUCUGUGAUCGCUGUGGAGUACCGGGAGAGCAAGUUCGUGUGGGACUCUGCUACGUCCACUCCCACUUCCUGCACAUACGCUACAGACGGGUCAAUCAGACAGUUGCGUCAUGUGGCUCAGGAGGGGUGCCUUUUGGGCAACUGAUGCGAGUUGGAGCCAAGCUGGAGGUCAAAAGCUGUGAAGUGACUUGUCCAACUCAAGCUCCUCCAUCCUCCAAAAUCCUUGCUCCGAUGGCAUUUCUGGGGUACAAUUCUGAGGAGGUACCAGUGUUGUACUUGAACCACCCUACAGACCGUGUUCUGACCCUGGGCUGUCCCGGGGCACGACCUGACAUGGCUGUGGCAUGGGACAGAGGAUCUGAGCCCAUCUACCGAUCUGAACACUCGGCAGGUCAUAACCUCAGCGCCACGCCCCCCAGGCUGUUGAUAGACACCGGACACCACCUGGUGUUUAACCCUGCAAAAACCCAGGACUCAGGUGUCUACUGUUGCUGGCUGCAGGGUCAGCAGGCCGCCAAGAUACGACUUCUGGUCUACGCCCAUAUGGGGCGAGGACAGUCAGUGACAUCACAUCCUGACUUCCUGACAGCUCUCAAGACUGUGUUAAGAUCAUAUGCUGUCAUGACAGCUGUAUUUUGCAUUCUGCUGUUCGGCAGAGCUGUGGUCAGACACCUCAGAGACACCAGAGAAACACAUUUGGAUUAAACUAAAUAUUGUGAUGUAGGGUAGUUAUUCUCAGCCACCAUAAUAAUAAUGCCCAGAGUUAUGCUGACACAGUUACACGUCAUUAUAUUAUUUUGUAAGCAAAAACAGGUGCAGCUAAAGGUCCUGGAAAAUUACAAUCACAGAUUUUCUUGAUGACACUGCUUUCUAAAAACAUGUUCUCAUACUACUCUCCUAAUCUGCUCUCCUCUCCACUGUAUUGUUUCCUCUCCUGUCCAGCAACAACAACAAGCACAUCAAUUGUAAAAUAAUCAAGAUUAAUGUUAUAUUAAGUAGACUAGAUAUGUCAAAGACAAUAUUUGAGAAGCCAUCAUCAAUUUAGAUGAGUUUCUCAACAGCGUCAGUUAUGUUGUUUUUCGCUUUGAAUGGUAUCAGUCUCCGGAACCACAGUUCCCAAUAACCCCAAUAAAAAUAGAGUUUUAUAUAAAUUGUAGUGUUAAACCUUUAAGGAUCGGUAUCAAUAGGAUUUUAUCAAUACUACGACUCUCAUAGGCUCGUUUUUAAAAAAAAAUCAAUACUCUUAAGCUAUACUCACACUGUAAGCCCUAAUGCUCAUUUCGAUUCAUUGCCCAGAUCCAAUUUUUUUGAUUGACUGCCUAUGUCAGACUCCACUGUAAAUUGGCAAGGGCCUGAUAGUGACAACCUCUGCAGAUAAGAGAGUGAGAGAUAAAUGAUGAAACAAAGAAAAACUCACUGAGAGAGAACUGAGAGAGACAAUAACUUAAUAAUAAGAAAAAUAGCGGGAGAAGAGAAAGAAAAACCGUCAAGCUUGAGCGGUGGAUAAAAAUUAAUAGAGAUGGCGAGAUGGGAGUUAAUGAAGGUGAGGAAAUACAUGCAGAGCAUUCCCAUCCAAUUAUCUUUGUGCAAAAUAGAUGAAAAAUAUGGAUGAAAAUGCAAACAUUGUUAAUAUUUCCAAAAUAUUGUAAUUCAUUAUCAUUCAGUUUUAUCAUUACAAAGAAAUGCAUGUGGAAAAGAACACUUUUUUUUGCAAUUCUUGAUCAUAAUGUUCAUUAAAAGCAGACCUGGUGUGUUUUGUAA